GGCUCGUAGUGUGGCUCGGCUCUCCACCCUUACGCAGCCUUCAGCUUUCGGUCGAGUCUGGUCCAGAACUUGCUUCCCCUCUUCGCCGGGCUCAGUGGUGGUGGCCAAACUGAGUUCCGGUUCCUGUUGCUGCUGCCGCGGGCGGGCGGAGAGUCUGGAGCGAGCGCGCGAUUCGCGCUCUGCCUUGCGCCGCCUGCUUACCGCACCUGAGGUCGCUGCAGGUUGGGGACCUGCACUGCCCCUCGGUUCCCUUCUGGGCGAUGGUGCAGCCCGAGGGCGCCUCCAUCCCCCGCUGCCGCUGACCCCGGUCUCCCACUCCAUGGCCGCCUCGGCGCCGCCCCCACCGGACAAGCUGGAGGGAGGUGGCGGCCCCGCACCGCCCCCUGCGCCGCCCAGCACCGGGAGGAAGCAGGGCAAGGCCGGUGAGAGCGCUGAGAGGGACAGGGGCUGGGGGUGCCGAGGACUUGGAAACCCCGAAGGGAGUUGGGAUCAUAGGUUGAUGGGCCUGAAGGAAGAAGGCUCAGAAGAAGAGGAUAGGUGGGUGAAGACCUCCAGGGAUUGGGGACAGGUGUCACAGAUUGAGGGCUUGAAGCCACGUGGAUUUCAGGAGUCACUUGGAGUCUGAGGGUAUCAAGAGAUGGACUAUUCCUCAUUUAAAGGAAAAGGUAGCUGAGUAUAUGGCCGUACUCACAAUUCAUUUUUCACAUCUCACCCCUUGUUGUUAUUUGUUAAGUAAAUUAGCGACCUCAGGGGAUGGUUGGGAGAAAGGAAGUUGGGGAAACCUCAGGAAAACUUGUCUGCUUCUGCCGUUUGCUGCUCUUCCAGGUCUGCAAAUGAAGAGUCCAGAAAAAAAGCGAAGGAAGUCAAAUACUCAGGGCCCUGCAUACUCACAUCUGACGGAGUUUGCGCCACCCCCAACUCCCAUGGUGGAUCACCUGGUUGCAUCCAACCCUUUUGAGGAUGACUUCGGAGCUCCUAAGGUGACGGCCACAGCAGCCUUGGGGACCUCAGCAACUAUGGCCUCCUUUCCAGACUCAGAUAACAGCUGGGUGCUUGCCGGCUCAGAGCCCCUCUGUUUACGCCCCUCCCCUCAGAGCCUGCCUGUGGAAACGCUGGGCCCAGAAUCCAGGAUGGACCCAGGAUCUGAAAUGGCCCCCCAGACCCCUCCAAGCCCCUCCAGGGCAGAUGAGGAAGAAUUAGCUGGGACCUUGGAUGGAGAAGGAACCUUCAAGAGUGAGGGCUUCCAGUCUGGUCCUAUCCUGCCAGAGGAGACUGAGGCCAAGAGUGCCCUGGAAGGUGAUGGUCAUAGUAUGGACCCUUCUGGCCCAGGAGACUCAGUGGCCCAGGGCAACUUGCAGGAAACUGCCAUUGAGGCAGGCCUGGGGCCUGACCCACAGGACCUGGAGGACCAGAACCCCCCACAGAGCCUGCCCUCAACUCCCAAAGCAGCUCAGACCAGAGAGGAGCACCGCUGCUCCAGCAGCGAGGACGACGACACCGACUUCGAUAUGAAGGGCCUGCGGAGACGGCACGGCCGGGACCCCAGCCCUCCUCGACCUGUGGCGCCCCGUGGUGUGGAGGGCCAGGCCGGGGAUGGGGCUGUGGGUGGGGAGCUGGGCAUCUCCCUCAACAUGUGUCUCCUUGGAGCCCUGGUUCUGCUCGGCCUGGGGAUCCUCCUCUUCUCCGGUGGCCUCUCAGAGUCUGACACAGGUCCCAUGGAGGAAGUGGAGCUGCAGGUCUUCCCGGAUACUGGGUUGGAUCCCGAGUUGCUGGAUGCUGUGGGGGAUGGGCAGGAUGGGCUAAGGGAGCAGCUGCAGGUGUCGGCGCCCCCUGGCAGUGUUCCCAGCCUGCAGAACAUGGGCCUUCUGCUGGACAAGCUGGCCAAGGAGAACCAGGACAUCCGGCUGCUGCAGGCCCAGCUGCAGACCCAGAAAGAAGAGCUCCAGAACCUGUUACGCCAGCCCAAAGGGCUGGAGGAGGAGAAUACCUGGCUCCGGGGGGCUCUGCAGCGGGGUGAGGCCUCCCAGCGGGCCCUGGAGUCAGAGCUGCAGCAGCUGCGGGCCCGGCUUCAGGGGCUGGAGGCUGGCUGCAUCCGGGACACAGAUGGGGUGUGCCUCCACUGGGGCAGAGGCCCUCAGGGUGGCAAGGCCUCUCAGGAGCAAGGUCCCAGGGGGCAGCAGUCAGGACCCAGCUUCCUGGAGCAGAAGCAGCAGCUGGAGGCUGAGGCCCAGGCAUUAAGGCAAGAGUUGGAGAGGCAGCGGCAGCUGCUGGGAUCUGUGCAGCAGGACCUGGAGCAGAGCUUGAGGGCAGCCAGCCAAGGGGACCCAGCCCACGCUGGCCUGGCUGAGCUGGGCCAGAGACUGGCCCAGAAGCUGCAGGGCCUGCAGAGCUGGGGCCUGGACUCUGGGGUUCCUGCCAAUGCCUCAGAGGCCUGGGGUCAAGAGCCCCGCUUCCAGAGUGCCAGGGAAUGGAGUGGAAAGGAAAAGUGGUGGGAUGGGCAGGGGGACUGGAAGGCUGAGCACUGGAAGCAUAAGAAAAAGGAAUCUGGUCGGGAAAGAAAAAAGAGCUGGGUGGGUGAGGAAGACAGGGAGUUGGCAGGGAAACGGAAGGAGGGCAAACCAAGGGUAGAAGAAUGGGGCAGCAAGAAGGAUGGCAAGCGACAAGGCCCCAAGGAGCCCCCAAGGAAAAACGGGAGCCCCUCCUCCAGAGAAAGGCAGAAGCAUCCUCGGUGGAAGGAGGGGGCUAAAGACAGGCAAGACCCCCUUCCACCCUGGGCAGAGCUGUCUAGGCGCAAGUACCGGGCACCCCAGGGCUGCUUGGGCGUGGACGAAUGUGCCCGGCAGGAGGGCCUGACCUUCUUCGAUGUGGAGCUGGCCCCAGUGCGGCAACAGGAGCUGGCCUCUCUGCUGAGGACGUACCUGGCGCGGCUGCCCUGGGCUGGGCAGCUGACCAAGGAGCUGCCCCUCUCACCUGAUUACUUUGGUGAGAAUGGCAUCUUCCGCCACGACCGCCUCCACUUCCGGGAUUUUGUGGAUGCCUUGGAGGACAGCCUGGAGGAGGUGGCUGUGAGACAGACAGGUGAUGACGAUGAGGUGGAUGACUUUGAGGACUUCAUCUUCAGCCACUUCCUUGGAGAUAAAGCACUGAAGAAGAGAUCAGGGAAGAAGGACAAGCACUUCCAAAGCCCCAGAGUCGCAGGGCCCAAGGAGGAGCACAGCCACCACCACCGCCGCCGCGGGGGCUGAGGUCGCCCCUGCCCCCACCCCCACCCCGCAGGAGCUGCCCCUGGGCCUGGCCCCGCCCAGGCUCUCAGCACUGUCUAAGCCCCGGGACUCGCACUGUUAAACUGGCCUCUCCCUUAGCUUGUCUGGUAUCCUGGGUGGGGGAUGGAACAAGCAGAGGAGAGCGAAAUCACCCACCCUGCACCGACGCCACUGCCGCCAGAGAAAGGCCUUAGCCAGACCUGCUUUGCUGUGUAUGCAAAUGUAUGCAAAUGUUCAGGGCCCAGGGAGGUGACCCUUGGUAACCUGACUGUGUCAUGCUAACGUGAAGGGGAGGGAGGGACGGAUUGGAGAGAAAUCUGGUUUUUUGGGGGUGGGGGGUGGGGUAGGGAUUGUGACUCCGAAGUCAAAGCACUUUCAUCCUUUUUUGUGUGCACACCCCCGUAGUGGGGCCCCUUCAGUCCCUCACACGGCCCCACUGCCCCCUAGGGUUUGACUCCAGCUGUUGGCUGGAGGCCCAGCAUGAGGGCUUUCCCUGGGAUUUGGUUAGAUUUGGAAGCAGCUGUCCCCAGGGGAGAAGCCCCCUUUUCACCCCUGCUUCUCACAUGGCUUCCCCUCUGCAUGUGAACUGGGGACUGAGAGCCCAAUAAAGUGCUGUCGGAGCUGUGACA